GUUUCGGUUCGUAUAGUUCCGUGUAAAGUAAAAAAACAAAAAAAAACAAUUGAUUUUCGGAACGAGAUUUGCAAAAAAUGUAUCCGGCAUUGACAGUGAAAUCCAUUGUGACGUUGCUGAUAAUUAUCAGCGUUCAAGGAUAUGUUGGUGGUCAUGUGCAAUAUUCUCGCCAUGAACUGCCGCCGUUGUAUACCUUUGACAACUAUGAUGUUUGUUUGAACAAUGGCAAUUCAAAAUUCGACUCCACCUAUUGUAUGGUCUAUGCUGAAGUUCAGGCAGACAACAGCUCCGAGCUGUGGCACAAAAUUGUCACACAUAAAGAGCAUAAAUUCCAUUAUCAUCAUGAUCGCCUAUAUUUUGGGGUGUGCUUGGAAAAAUGUAGGGGAUAUUUGGAAUCGUUGGAGCAUGGUAAUAAUACUUACAAUAAUGCAGGCGAAGGAUUGAAUGAGGAGAUUACCCAGUUCAUCGAAUAUAUCCACAAAAGGCCAUUGGAUAUUGAAAUGCGCCACAGAUAUGGCAUGGCCAUACAAAAUUGCUUGAAUGACGAAUUCGAAAGAAAAUAUGACCUGCAGUUGAAGACAUUUGUGGAAUACUGCGAGGGACCAGCAAAGGAUACAGUUGCAGAAAAAGAUCCGGCUGAAAUUAUUCUGUAUAAGUUCCUUAAAAUGGUUCUCCUUUUAGUGGUUCUUUCAACCAUUUACGAUUUUGUGCUAAGGUCCGACCAAACUGAGGAGAAUCAAACAAAUGACUUCUAUAAAAGUAAUCUUGAACAACCAAUGUCCCGCCUGUUAACCUCAUUCUCCAUAUGCCGCAAUUACUAUCGUCUCAUCCAACCGUAUCGCGGUGAGACUGGCAAUGAUUUCUCCUAUUUGGACGGUUUCCGUUCCGUCUGCACCUUUAUGGUAUUGCAUGGUCACACUUUCUAUCUACAAUUCCAACAUAUUCGUAAUCCAGAAUAUUUUGAGAGUUUUGGCAAGACCUGGCAUGGUCUGUUGGUAUUGAAUUCCACAACGGUUAUUGAAAUAUUUAUGGUAAUGAGCGGUUUGUUGUUGUAUGUCAAAUUCACCGAGGGUGGCUAUGUUACGCCGCAGACCAGUUGGAAGAAAUGCUUGCAAACGUAUCUCUUUAUUGUCAUAAGUCGUUUGAUGAGAUUUCUACCCUCUGUCGCUUUGGUGGUAUGGGUAAAUGCAACAAUUUUCGGUAACUUCAAUGAUGGCCCAUUUUGGCGCCAUGUCUCCGAACCAGGUCGGAUUUUCAGUCGUGAAAAUUGGUGGAAGAAUGUAUUUAUGAUCAACAAUUUCUCCCAGAAAUAUACAGUUAGUUCCCAUACCUGGUAUCUUGCGGCCGAUUUUCAGUUGUUUGUCUUUUAUACAUUUGUACUGAUAUUUAUUUCAAAAUAUCCCCAAUUUAAGAAACGUAUCCUCUAUACAUUGGCCAUUUUAUCGGUUGCUAUACCAACACUGAUUGGUUACAUUUUGAAAUUGGAAUCAGCAUUUAUAAUUAAACCAGAGAGCUAUCGUUAUCAGUUUUUCAUCGAUUGCGAUGUCUUCUACUAUCUAUACACACCCUCCUUUACAAAUCUGGGGGGUUAUCUCUUUGGCAUUUGGUGUGGCGAUCUCUAUUUAAGCCAGCUGCGCAAGGAAGAGGUCCGACGCAAAGUCCGCGGUGUUUUGAAAUACGAAUUGGGUGCCUGGUUGGCAUUUCCAAUUGCCGCUUGUAUUUGUUUUGCGGGCUCAAAAGCCAUAUUCCAAGAGCCUUCUAUAUGGACAGCAUUGUAUAGCGGUUUAUAUCGUAAUCUUUGGAUUGUAUUUGUUUGUGGUUUCCCCCUUUUGGGUAUGGCAUGCCAAGGCGGAAUGAUGGCCUAUGAUUUUUGCCGUUUACCCAUAUUCCGUGUCCUGGCCCGUCUAUCGUUUCAAAUGUAUCUAUGGCAUGUUAUGAUUCUCCAACUGAUGAAUGGUUAUCAGCGGGAGCCUUAUUUUAUGAAUACCUGGUAUUAUAAUGCCCAAGGCACAAUUACCAUCAUCUUUUCCUUAGUUGUGGCAUUUUUUGCUUGCCUUUUCAUUGAGUAUCCCUUUGCACAAUUUUUCGAUGCCUUACAGAGCAGGGGAGGCAAGUCAAAGGCUUCAGUUCCUAAACUCUCUAAGGAAGCCAAGGUUCAAUAAAUUCCUAAAAUUAGUACUAAGUGUUAUGUAUUCAUAAGAUUUUAAUUAAUAUAAUAAAUUAUAGGUUUAUAGCUUAAAA